CCGCAUCCACACCGCUAAUCCGGUCCACGCCCGGGCCUCUCCGAUGAUUGCCAACCGCCGAUGACGCGCAAUGGUGGCGUGUCAGCCGCAGUCGCACCGCGCCCGCGCGCGACGGCAAUGAUUAACCCGCGCAGCGAUAACCAUCACACGCCCCUAAUGACCCGGAUUAUUAUUACUACUAUCCACUCGCUGUCUCGACCCCACCCACCGUUCCCAUCCACGCGCCGCUGCCACGUCGUUGCCUUGCCCACCAACUCACCGGCGCAUCUCGCCGGGACGGAUGCCGUAUAUAUCCGCGCGCCGAGCUUGAGGGACGCCCCUACCACCGCCCGGCCGACCCCCCUUCCUUUCCCUCCCCUCCCCUCCCCUCAAACCGCCCCUCGUUGUAAAAGGAAGGAGACGACCGAGGCUGGGGAAAGGGGAGAAGAUUUUUCAGAUUCUGCGGCAGCGACCUACCCAGCUCCGCGCGAGAGAGACCGAGCGGCAGCAGCUCUCUUCCCUUCCCUUCCCUCCGACAUGACGCCGCAUCUGCCCGCCGUCUCCUCCUCCUCGACCACCACCACAUCCCGCGCCGCCGCGGCCGCCCACCACCUGCUCGACGCCGCCGCCGCGCCCCCGUCCUCGCCGCACCAGUACCGGAGGCGGAGGCGGCGCCGGGUGCUGGGGUGCCUCCGCCCGCGCGCCGCGUCCGUCCGCUGCUGCGCCGCGGCGGCGCGGGCGGCGGAGGCCACCACGCGUGUCUUCGUCGUCUCCGACCUGCACACGGACUACCCGGAGAACAUGGAGUGGGUGCGCCGCCUGCCCGCCCAGGUCGGGGCGGGCGAGGGGCGAGGCGUCGACGCGCUCGUCGUCGCGGGCGACGUGGCCGAGACCAGGGAUAACUUCGCGCGCACCAUGGAGGUCCUCAGGGAGCGCUUCGCCGCCGUCUUCUACGUUCCAGGGAACCACGACCUCUGGCUGCGCCGCGAGGGCGGCCUCUAUAUGGAUUCGCUGGAGAAACUGACUGCAUUGCUUGAUGCAUGUAGUGAGCUGGGUGUGGAUACAGGCCCAAGAACGAUAGGUGACUUGGGAAUCAUACCAUUGUUCUCAUGGUACCACAAGAGUUUUGACAAGGAGAAGGAUGUUAACAGUGUGCGUGUCCCUUCGCUAGAAAUGGCUUGUAAAGACUUUCAUGCUUGCCAAUGGCCUUCAGACCUGACAAAUGAUGAUGAGGCUCUUGCUCUUUACUUUGACAAGUUGAAUGACAAGAAUCAUGAUGCUAUUGAAGAAGUGAAAAGUAGCAGCAAACAUAUAUUAACGUUUUCACACUUUGUACCAAGGCAAGAGUUGUGUCCGGAGAAACGAAUGCUUUAUUACCCAUAUCUUCCUAAGGUCAUUGGCUCUGAUUUUUUGGAGAGGAGGCUGAGAGAUAUACACAGCAACAGAGAAGACAGAGCAGCUUGCCAUGUUUUUGGGCACACUCAUUUCUGUUGGGAUUCUGUGGUUGAUGAGAUCAGGUACGUGCAGGCUCCUCUGGCAUACCCUCGAGAAAGAAAACGCCGGAUGAACGGUGAAGGCUGGCUGCCAUUUUGUGUAUACCGUGACGGUUUCAACCCAGAAAUUUAUCCAGCACUGUGGUCAGAUUACUACAACAAGAACAAAAGGGAACCCGAGAACACUCAGCUCGCGCCUUGGGUUGCCAGCCAUUACGCAAAGUACCACAAGUUCCACUGACCCUUUCUGAGUUGCCUUGGCUUUUUGCCGAAUUGAUGCAGAUCGUCCCUUCAGGAUGGUGUUGAAUUAGCUGGGAAAAGGAGAUAUUGACGUUUUACCUGUACAUGAUCUUUUCUUGUUUCUACCCUUACCAUAACUUUUGGGCAAGUAAGCGCCAGCCUCUGUUCGUUGUAUGUUGCAGAAAUCUGAAUAAUGUGUAUAAGAUUCUUCAAAGCAUUGCUGCAGAGAUAGCGAAAUAUAGCUGAUUCUGUUCAUCUAACAAGCUCCAUCUGUCCAUUUGACUUCUCUCUAGUGGAGUUUAUAACUGCAAAGUCACUGAUAAUUCUGCUUCACCCUGAUACUAUUUUAGGUUAUUUUU